AUGCAUACCGCACAAAACCUUUGGAAAAGCGAUGAAAUCGCUGUCAAUGGCGGGAACAACAAUCUCAAGUCGGACCAAGAACAAUACAGCAUCUUGGAACAGCCCAGCGGAACCGGCCGUUCGCUCAAAGUCAUCGUGAUUGGAGCUGGCGCGAGUGCGAUCAACUUCGCUCAUGAGGUCAGCCUGAGUGACCUUGAUAUUGAGCUUGUUUGUUACGACAAGAACCCUUCGAUAGGUGGCACUUGGUAUGAGAAUAGGUAUCCGGGCUGCGCCUGUGACAUCCCUUCGGUGAACUACCAAUUCUCUUGGGCACCGCGCGAAUGGUCGACUUAUUACUCAACGGCUCCAGAGAUACUGGCAUACUUCAAGCGAGUCGCCGAUGAGUUCGAUUUGCUAAAGUACAUGCAUCUAAGCCAUGUUGUGACUGGAGCCAAAUGGGACGAGGACCAGCAGAAAUGGCACAUCUCAGCGCUUGAUUUGAUCACCGGAAAGACGAUACAGGAUGAAUGUCAUGUCCUCAUCAACGCUUCUGGUGUGCUCAAUCGGUGGAAGUGGCCUAACAUUAAGGGCCGAGAUUCGUUCCAAGGCCAGAUGCUCCAUACCGCCAACUGGGACGAGAACGCAAUUGUCGAAGGGAAAACCGUCGCAGUUAUAGGUGGCGGCUCGUCGGCCGUGCAAGUCGUGCCAAACAUACAGCCCUUACUUCGCUCCAUGACCUGCUUUCUGCGAAGCACCUCAUGGAUCACGGCGGGCUUCGCCCAACGGUUCGCAGGACCAAAUGGUAGUAACUUCCAGUACACGGAGCAACAGAAGGACAUUUUUCGUCAAGAUCCCGUCAAGUACCUCAAGUACCGGAAGUGUAUUGAGUCUGAACUAAACGUCCGCUUCAAGUUCAUUCUCAACGGGUCCCAGGAGCAAGCAAAUGCUCGGAAGUUUGCAGAGGAGGAGAUGAGACGCAAGCUGUCUCGAAAGCCAGAAAUUGCCGACAUCCUCGUACCUAAAGAUUAUGCCGUUGGUUGUCGUAGACCGACACCUGGAAAUGGUUAUCUGGAGGCGUUGUGCGAGGAUAACGUCAACGUCGUCUCGACUGGCAUUGAGGAGAUCAAUGCUACUGGAAUCAAGACAACCGAUGGCGUGCAGCAUGAUGUCGACAUGAUUGUUUGCGGCACUGGCUUCGAUGUCAGCUGGCGACCUCCGUACCCUACGAUCGGCAGGAAAAACGUAGAUCUAAGAGACGCAUGGAAGUCUUACCCAGAGACGUAUCUUUCUGUCAUGGUCCCUGGAUUCCCCAAUUACUUAAUCUUCAACGGCCCUUUCGGCCCUUACGGUCACGGCAGCUUCCUUCCAAUUACAGAACGAGUCGCCAAAUACUUCCUCCAACUCCUCCAGAAAAUGUCCCACGAACGAGUCUCCUCCUUCGCACCCACUCAGUCCGCAGUCGACGACUUCGCUGAACAUCGCCGUAAAUUCCUUCCUCGCACAGCUUGGACUUCGCCUUGUCGAUCAUGGUUCAAGCAGGGCACCACGGACGGCGAGCCGAUGAUGUGGCCUGGCUCACGACUGCACUUCUUCGAGGCUGUGCGAACACCGAGAUGGGAGGACUUUGAAAUCAGGCAUGUCGAGAGGAAUCGCUUUGCGUAUCUGGGUGAUGGCUUUACGAAGAGGGAGUUUGAUGGGAGAGAUUUGAGCUGGUAUCUGGGCAGUUUGGAUGGCGAGGAUGUGCAGCCAGAGUUCGGGGAGGAGGAUGUGGUGGAUUUCCAGGCGGUGGAGGGUGCGUGA